GUGCCAAUCACACCGAAUACGCUCCUGCAUAAAAGCCGGUCACCUGUCACCGUGUAACCGCAAGAGAGAAAUUGUAGCUCGGUUAGAGCGAUGAGCGAGGAGCUGAGGCGGGAGUACGAGAUCGGACCACAGAUCGGACGGGGGAGGUUCGGCACCGUGUACCGGUGCGUCUCGGCGGAGACUGGCGAGGAGUUCGCCGUGAAGUCCAUCGAGAAGGCCCUCCUUGCCGACACCAUCGACCGCGAGUGCGUCGAGCGGGAGGCCAAGAUCGCCGAGCACGCCGCCGCCGGGAACCCGCACGCCGUCCAGGUGGAAGCCGUGUACGAAGACGAGGCGUGGCUCCACGUGGUGAUGGAGCUGUGCCCCGGGCCUGACCUCUUCGACCGGAUCAGCGGGCGGGAGGCGCCGCUGGCGGAGACGGAGGCGGCGGCGGUGAUGGCGCCGCUGAUGGAGGCGGUGGCGGUGUGCCAUCGGCGGGGGGUGGCUCACCGGGACAUCAAGCCGGACAACGUGCUGUUCGACGGGUGUGGGCGGCUGAAACUGGCGGACUUCGGGUCGGCGGAGUGCUUCGGGGACGGGCGGCCGAUGAGGGGGCUGGUGGGGACGCCCUACUACCUGGCGCCGGAGGUGGUGGCCGGGAGGGACUACGACGAAAAGGUGGACGUCUGGAGCGCUGGUGUGGUGCUCUACAUAAUGCUCUCCGGGAUGCCGCCCUUCUACGGCGACACGGCGGUUGAGAUCUUCGAGGCGGUGCUCCGAGCCAACCUCCGGUUUCCCACGCGGAUUUUCCACACCGUCUCCCCGAUGGCCAAGGAUCUCCUCCGCCGGAUGCUCUGCAAGGACAUUUCGCGAAGGUUCUCGGCGGAGCAAGUCCUCAGGCAUCCGUGGAUAACCAGUGGCGGGGGACUGAGAGCGACAGAGGAGCCAACCUAGAAGGAAGAUUAAAGGCGGUGAGCGCGGGCUUUGCGUACAAAAAAUAUGCCCCAUUUUUCUUUUCCAGAAGGGGCUCCGGGGUUUGAAAUCUCGUCUUGAUGGGAGAUAAGGAUGGGAUUUUUUUUCUUAUCUUUUCGAUCUCUUUAACGUUUGAGUGUAUAUAUUUUUUUGCUCCUAAAUGAAAGAAUAAAGUAAAGCAUCUGUAAAUUGUUUUUUUUUUUAAGUGCUGCGAGUUAUGCUGGUAUUGUAUCAUGUAAAGAGAUCCAAGUACAUGGAAUUUUCUUUUGCUGUUAUUUU